UAGAGUGUCGCAUUCCCAGUUACAAAUAAAGCCAACCCCAGAACGAUUCAAAAAUUCUACGUUGCCUGUUUCGGAGUAACAUUCCUUUGCACUCAUCACACACAUUUUAAAAAUCGUUUGUACGUUUGAUAAUGGAAAGUAUGGAACUGACUGUACCGCCGGAGGACGCGCACUGGUCGUUAAAGUUCGUUGACAUUUGGAAGCCCUUUCCGCAGCAGAUUGUGGCCAAUGCCACUUUCAAGGUGAUCCGCUUCUUUUAUCCCCCCCUCGGCGUGGAAGCGGUCGAUGUCACCCACGUGGUCAGCGAUCCCGAGCUGAACGGUUUUAACGUGGCUCUGCUUAUGGGCUUUCCCUUGUUCUUGGCCAGCAUCGGCUAUGCGGUGUAUAGAUAUGUGCGGAAAGUGGAUCGCGUGGUUCGAGAGGCGCCGGCGAGACUGGACGAGCUGGAGGCGCGCAUGAGGGCCAAGUACGGCCCCGAGUACAAGCAGGGAAUCUGGAAGCGAAGAGACAUCCCGGAUCCCUACCUGGAGUCCAAGAACCCUUCCGAGCCCGUUGUUCACAGCAAACACGACCUUGAGAGCAAGUCAACCAACGGUUCCUUCGAGGCCCACUGGCUGCCCGAGUCCAUCGAGAACUUUAUCAACGCCGAAACUUCCGAGGAUAAUAGCAGGGGGAAUGUCUCCUUCAAGGAGGCGGUCGAGUACCGCCUGUUCGACAGUGGCAACCGGGUGGCCAAAGAGAAUUCUGCCGUGAAGCGCAAGGGCUCGAAGAGGGCACCCCGAACGUAGAGAAGUUACUUCCUGACUCAGCUUGCAUGUAUCCUUUAAAGGAAAAAAUCGAUUUAAGAUCCCCCAAUUUCGUUUCAUGAUUGGGCCCUUUUGCGACUGGAAAAGUGUCGGCUUUCGGCUUUCUCUGUUGGCGUUGUUGGUGCAAUAAAAUGAAGUGAUUUCCCGGA